CUAUAACUGCAACAGCAGCAGCAGCAGCAGCAGUUUGGAAUUCGAACUCGGAUUCGAACUCGGAUUCGAACUCGAACUCGCCACUAGUCUUGUCAAAAAUAGCGAAACCAAAGAGAACGAAGUAAAAUUUCAUUUCGUUUCCUUUCCUUUCCUUUCCUUUCGAACAAGAACAAGAUCUAAAACUAAAACUUGAACUAGAAAACAAAGAUGGUGGCGAGAAGAACUACCAGCAUCGUCCCCGACGACGAACCGGGCGCCAUCGAACUCAUGGAAGACGAUCAACCCUUCGACGUUGUCAAGGCGAAUUCGUCCCUCGACGACGGAUCCGAUGGAUAUGGUCACCGGCGAAGAAGAGGAAGGGCAACCGUGACAGCAAGAGCAAGAGCGAGAGUAGCAGCGACAGCAACAGCGACAGCAAAAGCCACGUCCAAGGAAGAAGAAGAAGAAGGGGACCUCCCCGCCCUGUCGUCUUCGCUGAACAGCAGCCACAACAGCAACAGCAACAGCAACGAUAGAAACAACGCCAGCAACCCCAAUGCGCAGUCGCUCAACGACAGCGCUCUCUCGCAGGCGACGGCACUCACUCGCAACGUCACGGGGGGGCAAUCGGCCCGCACCCGCCCCCUUUCUCCACCCAGCCGAGCCGGCCUGGACGAUCCUAGGGAAUACCAACAGCGAAAGAGGCGUGUCGCUGGGGAGGACGCGGGUGCCAGCAACACCAGCAACAGCAACAGCACCGAGGGAAACGGAAACGAAAACGGAAACGACGAGCAUCGAGACAACGAAAACGAGAUCCAAAGCCAAAACGCCACGGAGCGCUUUGCUCCCUCCUCCCGGGGCCGGUCCUACGCAAACGAGAUGCCUAUGGACGAGCGAAUGGAAUACGAGGACGAGCUCCGGGCCCUGGCGCUCUGCGACGACUACGACGGAUCCCAAGGAAUGCCCGACUUUUGUGACUCGGCCCUCAAGGCCAUGAACGAAAUCUGUGCCGGCGCCACUGGGAGCGGCAGCGGGGCAGCUGCCGGUGGUGGCUUGUCAUCGACACCCAAACCGAAACUCAAAUUAGGAGAGCGCCAUUCGGUCCACAACGGCGCGUCGGGGGUGGAGGAACAAACCGCUAUCGAGGUCGAGUACGUCGAGCCAAUGUACAAGGGGCGAAGGUUCAAGGACGACGAUGGUGCAAACCACGCGUCUCCCAAGCGCAAAAAGGCACUCCUCCGUGCCAUGACCAAGCGGGCGAGGGACGAGUUUAAGAGCAAAACACACUCGUCCACAAAACCACCCAAAAACAAGGAAGACGCCACCUCCGACGGUGAACAAGGGGCCACCAACGCUAGCGACGACAAUAUAUAUGCAACCUUUAGCAGCAUCGAAAAACGAAAAUUCCUCAAGCUCAUCAACGGAGGCGUCUCCCCACUUGACGCCACGAACACCAUAUUGAAGGAUCGAACUACCAGUGGCAACAAUGACCAAGACAACGACGAAAAAAGCCACGACAGCGACGACAGCGACUAUUACCCAGGCAUUCCCGACGACGACGAAGAUGAAGAAGAACAGGAGCAGGAAGACCAAGCCGCAGUGGUCGGGGAUUCCCCCCACUCCAGGGCCGGCAAGAAGGGCAUCAACAAGCUCGCAUUUUGGAAGCGAAAAAGCAGUGGUGGUUCUACGUCUGGAUCGACAUUGGUAUCGGCAUCGGCCCGUGUUGUACCGCCCGCAAGGGUCUCCCCAGAGAGGGAUUACAAUGGUUACGAGCAGCAGCGGCAGAAUGAGGAAGAAGGCAGCGACGGCAGUGUUAGCAGCUGCGAGCAGGUUGGAGACGAAAUCAAGACCUUUCUCAGGGCAGAACGGGAGAAAGUAAAAAAGGCCAAAAAGGCAACAAACACGAAGUCGAAAUCGAGGUCGAAGUCGAACUCCAAACCGUCCGCGGGGGCAACCGAGAUCAUCGGAGACCUUCAGAACGAGAACUACCCCUACGAUACGGGACGCGAUGCAAAUACGAAUGCGAACGCGAACAACAACAGCAACAAAGAGGCGGAGGAUCACCAAUUCGAGCGCUCCGGAAUUAACUACUAUGAUGCGGUGCGCAAGGACCGCUCUGGCGAAACCUACGAGACCGACGACUUUAGCGAGAGCGGCGCUUCUUCCAAGAAGCAUCGAAAACUCAAGAUCCCCAAGAGCAUCAAGGGAGGCCUGUCGAAACUCGCGCAACGGACCAACAACCGGCCAACACCGGUGCCGGACGAAGCAGAAGACGGAGACCGGGACGAAGCCGAAACAGAGCGAAUCGCUACCAGAGCAACUAGUACCACGGGUGUGCAAGACAAACAGAUGAUCGAAUCACACGCCUCGAUUCCAUCCCCAACCAAAGAGACACUGCGGAUCGUUGGAGCCGCGGAAGGGGACGAACCCGACGGUUUUAUGCAGCAAGCGAGCAUUCCGCAAACCAUGUCCAGGGAAUCCUUACUGGACGACGAGGGAGAAGUACAUCCGCCAUAUCACCUGCGACAAGAAGCGAUGGAGAGAGAGCUAGCUCGAGAUGACUCCAAAGAAGAUUCCCUGGAUAUGGAUGCAUACCUCUCCGAAACUGUUUCGCAAGUCGGUGGCGGAAGCAGUAGCCACAAUAACCGAAGCUUUGACGGGGUAUCCGUCGUCAGCGGUAGGUCCCACCGGACGGCGGGAACGAACCACACUACCCAGUCGACUCGGAGCCGACGGCCAGGCCAGGCAAAGGUACGACUAGAGCAGAAAAAGGAAGCCCUCAACAUCUCUGGCGUCAGUAGUAAGUCGCAUGGCUGGCAGGAGUCGAUCGAGGUCGCGGCGCUCAAGGUAGGUAAGGUCUGGGACCCCAGCCACGGAUGGAAAGAUUACGUCGAUCCUAACAGCACGGAAAUUCCUACCGACGAUUUCUUUGAUGAGUCCAUGGCGCUGGCCGCGCAGCAACCAGCAGAUGCCAAGAGCGUUUCGACAGCACCUUCGGAGGCAGGAACGGCGAGCAACGAACAGCCACUGAGUCCGGGCCAAAGCAUAGCAAAAUUGCCUAAAUCGCCCAGAUCACCCUUGAGUAGAUCUGGGAGAAAGGGAAGGCCGCAAAAGGUUCCUACGGUUACGAGUCCCAAGGGCGACAAACCCCGAGGAUGGGCUGAGACCAUGAGGGCUGCCGCCGCUAGAUUGGACAUUGGAGGUAAAAAGUGGGAUCCUGUUAAGGGAUGGGUCGGACUUAGCGAGGAAGAUUCCACAAUAGUGGCUGGUGUUUCGGAGAGGCGAGAUGCGCUCGAUAAUGUAGGGAUAACCGCAGAGUCGGAUCUCCAAGACUUUGGAACUGUCGCGCACCUCGACGCUAUCGCAAACAAACAGGACAAGAGCAUGCAGUUUUUGUCUGAGGACGAAGAGCCUAGCAAUGAGGCAAACAACAAUUAUAUGGAAGAAGAGGAGACAACCUUCGAUGGAGAUCAAUCGAGCGAGAUGAAGUCUACAGGCGCGACCAAGUCGAUUAGCAACAAUUCGGGAAGGUAUGUUCAGAUUGCAGAAACAGGAUCCGUUCAGAGUCACUACCGACGAACGAAGGCCGAUCCGAAUUCUAAAAGGAUGGUCAACGUGAAGAGGGAGAAUCUGAAUCAAGGAGAGCUUGACAUGUUUCAGGAAUCGGCGGAACGACGCAAGGGCAGCGGCCCUGUAGACCUCGAUUCUCUAUAUGAGGAGGAGGAGCACGAUGUUUCGUUUGGUCCCGGGUCGGGAGCCAAGGUUGUUUCUGGUCCUAAUGCCAACGCGAUUUAUCAGAGCAUCUACGAGUCUCAAAGCAAUGGAAGUUUUGAUGGUGAGGACUUCUCUUGGGACGCAGACGAUGCGGUCAAUGAAUCAGUUGACUCUCAUGGUAGGAAACCGGCACCAAGAUUAAAGAUUAAAAUUCGAGAUACAGCAUCAGUCUCGUCACGACCAAAUUCAGCGAAAUCAGCCACAAAAUCACAGAGCGAGGCCUCAUUUGAUUCCGGUUCUUCGCCGAUUCCAAAGCUAGCAGCACCAAAAAGAGACACGUCUCCAAUUCGUGCAAAACCGGCGAAGACCAACGCUGCGCUAGUUUCCAAAAAGAUUGCGCCGGCUUUAUCUUCUAGCCAUUCCGCACAAGAUGACGAUAGCCCGUUCAAGACUGAUGAUGCGUUCAGAAAUACCCUAACUUCUACUCAAAACGAGAGCGAUGAGGAUGGCGACAAUCAUGAUGCAGCAGUGAGCAGUGUCAUUGAAAAAAUUACACCUACCGCUUUAAGCAAUCCUAGGACUAAGACUCCUCCCAAAAUUUCGGAACUUCACAAAUUAUGGGAGGCGAAAACAGCUAAAAGAGACAAUGAGAAUCCCAGUUCCAAGAGAAAAGAUACCCAGAAUCCUGAGUGGAAAUCUUUCUUGGGGAAGAAGGUUGACGCCGAGAGCGCUGCAGCUGCGGGUAUGGAUGUGGAUGUGGAUGUGGAUGUGGAUGUGGAUGUGGAUGUGGAUGUAGGUCCGGGUCCAGAUCCACAUGCAAUUGACGAAGACCGUGAUUCCACCUUUGAUUUUGACGGUGAAUACUCAGGGAACUUGCGGAAGUCGUCGGAGGGAAAAGUACGACAUGGAGAUAGCAAUCAAGUCGAACCAGAAGAUGCAUCUGCGUUUGAUGACAUAUCUGAACUGUCACCCAUUCGUCACCACAACGAAGAUUCCGAAACCGAGUAUGGUCAGCACUCUGAAGCAAGCACAUCUGUCCUCCAAGGAACAACAUUCCUCCAGCGGUUGCAAGCGUGUGCAGCUCCCGUGGUAAAAAGUGGGACGAAAUGUGUUGCCGAAAGUCCCAUGUCAGCGCAUUUGGCAUUUUUAAGAAAUAAUCAGAGAGUACCCGGGGGCAGUCCAGAUAUAAAGAAUGGAGGAAAAAGCGGAAUUUUACAAGCUUCGGCCGGCAUUUGUGGUCGGCCAGAUGUAAUAGAUGAGGAAGACGAGAGCACCAUGGGUGAAUCAGCACCCUCUCGAUCUACAAUGCAGAGUGCGUCUCCCAAUAUGAUCAAGUCUCGUGACAGCAAUUCGAGAUCGCGCUCGAAUCCGAGAUCCAGACAAAAUGCAAGCAAGGACGAUCUCAGCAGUGUGAUUUCGGAUGGAUUCGGGGCAAAAUCUGCGUACUUGGAAGCCAUUGCCAUGAAAGCUGCGGUUUCGGGUGGGUCCAAGAAGAAGAAACGACGAUCUCAAGGGUCGGAGGCAAGUGCCACGACAGCCACAUCGAGACGCUCGUCUCCUGGUUCAAGUGUGAGUGCAAGCAACAACGUCAAACGCUCUGAAAAGUUCCAGCAAUUCCUUGAUCGGCGUGCUGCUAAGGACGAGCAGUCGAAACAGUCAACGUUGCAACCGUCACGAUCUGCUGAAAAGUCAGAGGUUUCGAGUCGAGCAGAGAAAUAUGCUUCGGAAAAAAUGAACGAAAUGAUGGACUCCAUGGACAAUAGAGGCCGUGCUCAGGAAGAAUACGAAAAGUCGGGUGCAUUCCCAAAAUUGCCUGGUGCAACUAACACUGGGAAUGAUGCCGUAUUAUCGGCUGCCGAAGAAUUAGCUGCUGCUCGAGUGGAAGCUAUGAUGCAGCGACUCUCGGCUCAAGAUCUCGAACGUAAUGAGGCCGAAAUAUAGUGCCUGAAAACGUGAUCUGCCAAAAUAUCUUUUUUACACCUUUGUACAACAAAUUAAAAAAACUAAUAGUGA